GGCGUAAUUAAAAAGCGGCGGAAGAAGGUGGGAGGGUCAUGACGCAGCGAGUUUCAGUCGUGACUUUUCUAGGGGCAUCGCGGCGUCCCCUUUUUUGCCUUUAAAGUAAAACGUCGCCCCGACGCACCCCCGCGUAUUUCGAGGGGGCGGAGGCGGCGGGCCACGGCGCGAGGAGGGGCGGUGCUGACGCCGGCCGGUCACGUGGGUGUGUUGUGGGGGGAGGGGCGCCGCCGCGCGGUCGGUUCCGGGCGGUUGGGAGCGCGCGAGCGAGCGAGCGAGCGAGCUAGCUAGAGGCAGCCGCGCCCGCCGCCGCCCCUGCUCUGUAUGACGCUCUCCCCCGGCGCGGCCGCCGCCGAUCGCAGCAGCAGGAGCCGCCGCCGCCGCGGUUGAUGUGGUUGGGCCGGGGCUGAGGAGGCCGCCAAGAUGCCGCAGUCCAAGUCCCGGAAGAUCGCGAUCCUGGGCUACCGGUCUGUGGGGAAAUCCUCAUUGACGAUUCAAUUUGUUGAAGGCCAAUUUGUGGACUCCUACGAUCCAACCAUAGAAAACACUUUUACAAAGUUGAUCACAGUAAAUGGACAAGAAUAUCAUCUUCAACUUGUAGACACAGCUGGGCAAGAUGAAUAUUCUAUCUUUCCUCAGACCUACUCCAUAGAUAUUAAUGGCUAUAUUCUUGUGUAUUCUGUUACAUCAAUCAAAAGUUUUGAAGUGAUUAAAGUUAUCCAUGGCAAAUUAUUGGAUAUGGUGGGGAAAGUACAAAUACCUAUUAUGUUGGUUGGGAAUAAGAAAGACCUGCAUAUGGAAAGGGUGAUCAGUUAUGAAGAAGGGAAAGCUUUAGCAGAAUCUUGGAAUGCAGCUUUUUUGGAAUCUUCUGCUAAAGAAAAUCAGACUGCUGUUGAUGUUUUUAGAAGGAUAAUUUUGGAGGCAGAAAAAAUGGAUGGGGCAGCUUCACAAGGCAAGUCUUCAUGCUCGGUGAUGUGAUUCUGCUGUGAAGCCUGAGGACACUGGGAAUAUAUUCUACCUGAAGAAGCAAACUGCCCGUUCUCCUUGAAGAUCAACUAUGCUUCUUUUUUCUUCUGUUAACCUGAAAGAUACCAUUUGGGUCAGAGCUCCCCUCCCUUCAGAUUAUGUUAACUCUGAGUCUGUCCAAAUGAGUUCACUUCCAUUUUCAAAUUUUAAGCAAUCAUAUUUUCAAUUUAUAUAUUGUAUUUCUUAAUAUUAUGACCAAGAAUUUUAUCGGCAUUAAUUUUUCAGUGUAGUUUGUUGUUUAAAAUAAUGUAAUCAUCAAAAUGAUGCAUAUUGUUACACUACUAUUAACUAGGCUUCAAUAUAUCAGUGUUUAUUUCAUUGUGUUAAUGUAUACUUGUAAAUAAAAUAGCUGCAAACCUCA